ACGUCCUAAAUCUUUGUUUUUACAUUCUCCUCAAUCUUCGUGCCCAAGUAAUGGACGUGGACUUGAGGUAGCACCGUGCCGUUGACAAACUGGCAAUAAACGGAGAAAAAUGGGAUGAGCAAAUGACAAGAAGAAGCAUCCCAAUGAGAGGGGGAGAAGAAUGAAGAGGGCCGUUGUGCUUGAGUGGUGAAGCCAGAGCCUAACCAAACGUGUGCUUUGCAGUUUGUAUCCAUUGGAUAAGAAGUGACGCCGAUGGACGACCUGUGGCGAAGGAUCGGCACCAGGAACGAGCUAGUGUUGUUGGGGAACCCCGCGAAGAGGUUCAAUUUGGCGGACGUUAAUAGGGCCAGUAAGCAGAAUUUAGGGAAAGCAUGGCUCGAGAGGACUUACAAGGCUGAACUGGAGGACGGGAUCACCACGGUGGUUGUGAAGAAGCUCGAGGAUGUGGUCUCGUCGGCCAAGGAUUUCCGGGACGAGGUCGAAACUAUCGGAGCCAUGGACCACGAGAACCUGCUCCCUCUGAGGGGUUACUUCUACAGUAAAGACCAGAAGUUCCUCUUGUACGAUUACAUGCCCCUGGGAAGCUUGUCAUACCAAUUGCAAAACAGAGAGACUCCCCUGAGUUGGGAAGUCAGGCUUUCGAUUGCCCUCGGGGCUGCCCGGGCAGUCGAGCACCUGCACGCCCAAAAUAGCUACCAUGGGCACUUCAAGUCGUCCAAGGUCCUUCUCACGCCGUCCUACGAGGCCCGGGUCUCUGAUUAUGGCCUCAGCCUCUUCCCAACUAGAGCCAGGGGCCGUGGGGCCAACCAAGCCCAGGUGGGUGGGGCCAAUAAAAAAAGUGCGGAUGUGCAUUGCUUCGGGGUGUUGCUACUGGAGCUCCUGGAAGUGAUGCCGCACUCCGAAACUUUUUACAAUGGUCAAGCAGACUUUCUUACGUCGGUCCACUCCGUUUUUCUCGAGAUGGGGGUCGCUGAAGUUUUCGGUCGGAGGUACCACGACUUGGACGAGAAGCUGUUGAAGUUGGCGAUCGAUUGUGCAUCGGAUGCAGUUAAUUCAUGUGACGGCCCCCGGACUCCGAUGAGAGAAGUACGGAGGAGGAUCGAGGAAUUGUGUAAGCUCGGGGGACAGCGAGAUGGGGACUCACAGCCCGACAAGGUCAUCAAAGGGACCAAGGAUAUGUCUUCUUGGUUUAUUCCCAGUGCACAGGUAGACAGGGACUCGCAGCUCUACCAAUUCAGCAAAGUCAACAAGGAUAUGCAUACUCGGAAACCAGUGGAUGGGGUUCUGGAAGUUUCUGAAAGAGUUUAUGUAUUUGAUUGCUGUCUCACAGUGGAUGGGUUGAAGGACGAGGAUCAUCGAAAUUUGAUUGGAGGUGUGGUGGGUGAGGUGCAACAACAUUUUCCCGAUGCUUCUUUCAUGGUGUUCAAUUUUGGUGAGCAAGAGAGCCAAAGCCAAAUACCUGAACUGUUGUCUGAUAUGCCUGUCAUGAACUACCCGAUUCAUCAUGGUGAUUGCCCCAUUCUUGCCAUGGAGAUUAUCCAUCACUUCCUCAGAGCUGCUGAUGGCUGGUUAUCACUUGAUGAGCAUAAAAACAUGCUGUUGGUGCAUUGUGAAAGAGGUGGAUGGCCAGUUCUGGCGUUCAUGUUGGCUGCUCUUCUGUUAUAUAGGAAGGAGUCCAAUGGUGAAGAGGAAACACUCCACUUGAUUUACAACAAAGCUCCUUCCGAUCUCUUGCGUCUAAUUUCUCCUUUGAAUCCAUUGCCCUCACAGCUGAGAUACCUCCACUAUAUAGCCACAUCAAACGUGCACUCAGAGGGGUGCCUACGAUAUAAGUCUCUUACUUUAGAUAGUGUGAUACUGAGGUUCAUUCCUUGUCUGGAUGCCGAAGUGGGAUGCCAUCUUAUGUUUAACAUAUCUGGUCGGGACCCCCAUAACCUUACAGAUAAAACUCCCACAGUCCUGUUCUCAGCGCCCGAAAGGGGCAAAGAUAUCAAGCAGUACAAGCAGGCAGACCACAAACUGGUUAAAGUGGACAUCCAUUGCCCCGUUCAAGGCGAUGUUGUGCUCGAGUGUAUGAGAGUAAGGGCUGGUCUUGAACAUGGAGAAACGUUGUUCCGUGUCAUGUUUAAUACAGCAUACCUAUUAGAAAAUAAUCUGAUGCUAGGGCUUGAUCAAAUGGAUGUCACAUGGGAUCGCCAGAAUCAGUAUUCCACGGCAUUUAGUGCAGAGAUUACUUUCUCGGAAAUGAAUCCUGCUGCUUCCCUAGUUUCUGUUGAUUCAUCUUAUGAUGAGGAGCAAAGAGAGAUUGAAGCCCAAGAACUGCAGGUUGAAGACAAAGCAGUUUAUGGUGUGCUUCUUUCUCAAGAUGCUAAGAUAAUUCACGAAGAUAAUGAAGUUCGAGAAUGGCCAACGCUUCCUUCCCAGUUAGAAGCGCCAGUGUAUUCAGCUCUUGAUGGAUCUCUUUCAAGUUCAGACUCUGCCUCCUCUUCACUAUCUCCAGAUGGAUCUCCUGUAAGCUUCAGUGCAAUGCUUACUGAAAAGAAUAUUGAACCCCUGCAGUCCCCCAAACAGCAGCUGGUCUCUUCUGUGGAAAUCUCAAGAUGUUCCCUCCGGGAAUGUGCAUCCUCGUCAGCUGUUAGCAGUGACAGUGCAGAAGCCCCUGAGGAACUUGUCCAUAAUUCAGCACAAAUCCCUGAAAUAACAAUGCCACAAGAAGAAAAAUCUUGCCAGCUCAAUGGCAUCAUAUCAUCAACCUCCACGUCAUCUGGAUUUGAUUAUGAUGUUUUCUUGAGUUUUAGAGGACCUGAUACUCGCUCGGGCAUUACAGAUUUCCUCUAUACAAGCUUAUUAGCUGCUGGAAUCCACACAUAUAGAGAUGAUGACGAACUGAGAAUUGGAGACGAGAUUGCUCCUGAGUUACUCAAAGCAAUCAACCAUUCAAAAAUUUCAAUUCCCAUAUUUUCCAAGGGCUAUGCUUUUAGUAAAUGGUGUCUUAAUGAGUUGGUACAAAUGGUAAAGUGUAGGAAAUCAAGAAGACAAAAGAUCAUGCCCAUUUUUUACGAUAUUACACCCUCUGAGGUUCGUCAUCAAACUGGGUCUUAUGGAGAUGCUUUUGUUUCGCACGAAAAGCGAUUUGACAAUAAGGUUAUCAGCAAGUGGAAGGCUGCUCUGAAGGAGGUUGGCGAUCUAAAAGGAUGGGACAUUAAUUCAAUGCCCACUAGACGUGAAGGAGAGCUUGUAAAACUUAUUGUCCAGAAGGUCCUAGCUGAGUUGAAAAGUUCUUAUCUGCCGGUGACUAACUACUUGGUUGGCAUUGAACAUCAUGUGAAGGAAAUCAAUAGAAUGGUAUGUGGCGACUCAAAGGACAUUCAAAUUGUUGGAAUCCAUGGUAUGGGGGGCGUUGGAAAGACUACUCUUGCCAAAAUCAUUUACAACCAGCUAUCACAUUGUUUUGAGGGCAGGUGCUUUCUUUCUAAUGUCAGAGAAACCUCACAGCUAAAGGGCAUUGAGUGUUUGCAGAAUCAACUAAUCUCUGACGUCCUAAAAAUAAAGGAGUCAAACAUUAGCAAUGUUGAGGAAGGAAUUAAGAUGAUUAAAAAAAGGUUAUGCGGUAAAAAGGUUCUGGUGCUACUUGAUGAUGUGGAUCAAAUGACUCAUUGGGACGCAUUGAUAGGGAAACCUGCAUGGUUCGGUCUAGGAAGUAAGAUUAUCAUAACUAGUAGAAAUAGGGAUAUCGUUGAUGUUUCUGAGGUUUGUUAUCCAUAUGAGCUUAUGAGCAUGAACUUCGAUCUAUCUCUUCAACUUUUUUGCCAAUAUGCUUUUGGAAGAGAUUACCCUUCAGACGACCAUGUUGCUUUCUCCACAAAAGUGGUCAAAAGUACCGGAGGACUUCCUCUUGCUCUUGAGGCUAUAGGUAAACUACUUCCACACAGAAGCAAAGAUGUUUGGGAUGUGAUAUUGAAGAAGUUGAAACAAGUUCCUCUCAAUGAAGUAAAAAGAAAGUUGAAAACAAGUUAUGAUGCCUUGGAUGAUUGGCAAAAGCAUAUCUUUCUUGAUAUAGCUUGUCUUUUCACUGGAUUUGAUCGAAGGAUGGUGCUCCACUUAUGGAAAGAUUCCAAUCUCUUUCCAGAGGAAGGUCUCGAGGUCCUUCAGAAAAUGUCUUUGAUAAAAAUCACAGAAGACAAUAAGAUUUGGAUGCAUGAUCAGCUAAGAGGCCUCGGUAGAGACAUUGUUCGUCAAGAAUGCAAUGAGGAACAAGAAAAGCAUACUCGUUUUUGGAACCAUGAGGAAGGUUUGGAGGUGGCAAUGGAAAUGGAGGGAACCAAAAAAAUCGAAGCCCUUUGCCAAAAGUUUGACCCUCAGUUGCUAUACUAUAUUGCAAACGAAGAAGCUGAGAGGUUGUCUGAUCUAAGAUACCUUGAAGUGAGGGUUUUCCGGGAUAACUGUCCUUCAAAUGAUUUCCAAGCCAAUCUACAAAACAACACGCGUAUGCUUUCCAAGUUGAGAUGCCUUUCGUGGCAUCAUUUUCCCAUAGAAGUUAAGAUCACCAAUUUUUCCAUGAUGAACAUAGUCAUUCUGCAUUUGGGGCACUGCCCUAAUCUAACUGAUCUUCAAAGCAUUGAAGGCUUGGUGAGUCUCAGAAUUUUGAAGCUCAUAGAGAUUCUGCCACUGGAGAGAUUACCUGAUCUAUCAAACUUGAAGAAGCUCAGUAAACUGCAACUGGGGCGCUGCCAUAAUCUAAUCGAUGUGCAAAGCAUUGAAGGCUUGGGUAACCUCAAAACUUUAAAGCUAACAGAAAUUCCGCUACUGAAGAGAUUACCUGAUCUUUCAUAUUUGAAGAAGCUUACAGAACUUCACUUGCGUUACUGUCAUGGUCUGAUUGAAAUCAAAAGCUUUGAGGGUUUGGAGAAUUUGAUGAUAUUAAAGAUGGAUGAACUUCCUCUACUUGAGAGAUUGCCCAACUUAUCAAACUUGAAGAAGCUUACACAACUUUACCUACGACGAUGUCAUAAUCUUGUGAAGAUUCAAGGAACUUUGGAGUCAUUGGAAGACUUGUGUAUACAAGGAUGCAGAUCUUUAGACGAGGUGCUUGAUCCAACUUCGAGUUUCAAGAAACUGAGAUCUUUGCGAAUACAUGAUUGCAAAAAGUUACAUCUUGACAGGAUAUGGGUCCCAAAAUUCAAAAUAUCCGAUAGAGUACAUAUAAAUUCGACAUGUCGGCGACUGAGUAACAUAGGCAUUUGCGUUUGUAUGCUAGGUAGACAGUUCUUUUUGCCAUCCCUUCCAUAGUGAGUAUAAACAGAUAUACAAUGUACACAUUGUAUCUACACGAGUUUAUCAUGUCAUCCUCUUGUCAUUACAAUCUCAGUGGAAUUAGAUUUUCUACAAAUACAACUAUUAAUUUUGUACAAAACAAGAGAUGAUGGGCUCAUCCUCUCGUCAUGAAUUAAUUGGAGUUUUACUGA